GUAUUUAUUCCAGGCAUCUUUUGGAUAUUUUCGUACUACUUGUAUUCAUUUUUAUCAUAUUCGUGGUAGUGGAAUAUUUUGAGUACGAGAUAUUAUUAUGUUUGGCCUGUGAAUGUGAAAGAAUGUUUUUGACCUAUAGUUAUUGUAUUUGAUGAUUUAUGGAUGUAUGGCUCAUGUGGUAGCCUGAAACUUUGUACUCGAGAUUUAUUAUAGUGGAAACUUUGUUGGUGAUGGUCCCGUGGUUUUUCCCCGUUUUGAGGUUUUUCACGUAAAUCUUGUGUUCAUUGUGUUUGAUAUUUAUUUUUGGGCUAUUGUGUAUUAUCUCGUAUUUGUGUACCGUUUCGGGUCUGUGAUUUUAAUUGUUACAAGCAGUGGGAUUCUUCCCAACAAGGUCUUCCACUAUGUUGUUUGGCAUGCGGCAAGCUUGCUAGAAAUUAAACUGGAAAGGAGUAAUAAUAUUAUUGAGAGUUGAGACAGGACGGCCAGGAGAAUAGAAAAUGUCGGCGGCGGCUCCGUUAGACCCACACGACAAGAUGAGAGGUAGGGACGUUAACAAGGUUGCUAGAGGCGAGCAAGCCCCUCGCCCCGUCCACCAACCCGGCACCGUCUCAGCUCCUCCUCCUCCUUCUACGGACUCUAAGCUGGAUGCUGGGAAGGAAGCAUCGGCAAAUGCAAUUGGUGAGAGGAUACGCCAUUGUUACAUUCAAUUUCUGGAGUACAAAAGGUGCAUUCAAGAGAAGGGUAAGGAUGGUGAUGAGUGUGAGAAGAUUGGAAAAGAGUAUACAUCCCAUUGUCCUUCCCAAUGGAUUGAGAAGUGGCACGAAGAGAGAGAUCAGCAUGGGAGGUGAUAUAUAUACUAGCAUGAUACUUGCGCGAUGCACGGACUAAAAAUAUUAUAAAUAUUAUUGUUAUUUUAAGAUGGUAAGAAUUAUUGUUGUUAUGAAAAUAAAUUUUGU